CGAAGUGUGGAAUUUUCAAUCUGACAUUUCCAGUAGAGUGAAAAAUGAGUGAAUAACACAGUGAGGGGAGUGAAAUAAGAAAUGUGGAUCCAGGUUUGAGUAGACAAAUUCGUCAUUUCCCAGACUGCCACUAGCUUUGUUCUUAGUAACUGCAUCACAGUAAUGCCAUCGACCACUCAUUAAAUGUCUGGUGUAUUCUGGAUUCUGGUCCAGUUUAGUCCCUGCCAGGGGAGGAUAAAUGCCAUCCUUGUCUUGCACAUGAGGCUCUGAGGCCCAGAGGGAGGUGAGUGGGUGGUAAGAGAGGCACAGCCCGCUACCCUGAGAGCUGUCUUUCUGGCCUGGGAUCUGCCAGGUUCCCCCAGGGCACCCAGUGCUUCUCUGGCCACCCUGUCCUAGACCUGUUCUCAGCACAGCUUCCACAGCUCCCAGGCUGGGUUCCAACUUCCUCAGCCCUCGGACUCUGUCCUGGGGGGGGGGUCAUCUCAUCCACCAGACAAGUGGGCGCAUCAGAGGGUUCAUGAACCACCGCGUCCCCGCCCACAAGCGGUACCAGCCCACGGAGUACGAGCACGCGGCCAACUGCGCCACGCACGCUCACGUGCCCAGGCAGGUCUGGCCUCCAUGUCCUGCUCCUGCUGCCUCGCUCUCUCCCAGGCUUCCGGGUCGCCCACUCUGUUUCCUUCGCCUGAGCUGUGCCCACCGCUGGAACACUUUCCCUCUCUGCCCCAGCCUUGCCUCUGAAGCCCUUUUUGUCCUUCAUGGCCUUGCUGAAAUGCUCCUCAGAAGCCUGCCCAUCCGCCCAGAUGCGGGGGAGCUCUGAGCCCGUGACCCCCUCAAUACGCCUAGUCAGCCAGCAAACCUUUCCUUGUGCCCUCGAGGCACCAGGCCCUGCUCCCGGGCCUGGCAAUGCAGGUGUGAGUUUGAUCUGAAUCCCUGCAGGGGGCGACUCCAUAUCGCAGGACACAGCGAGCCUGGCUCUCGCCCGCCCGGCUGCGAUGUGUUCAGCUGAGGCCAGGUUUCCGGAGUCCCCCCUUUCUUCCUUCUCUUUUUAUAGCACUGGGGAUUGAACUCAGGGCCUUCUCACGGAGCUGCCGCCCUGAGUCUUUUUAUUUUUUAUUUGGAGACAGGGUCUGGGUAAGUUGCUCAGGCUGGGCUUGAACUUGUGAUCCUCCUGCCUCAGCCUCCCAGAGUGCUCGGAUCACAGGCGCGCACAUUGUCAUCACACACCUUGACGCGGGCGCCCUGCAGUGCACCCCUGGCGGAUUACCUGAGGGGUGAUCACGGGGUUCUUCCUUGCGCGCGCGCGCGGGGGGGGUGGUGUCCAAGUCGUAAGCUGACUCAUCACAGCCACCCAGAGAGCUUCUGUCCCAGAAUCCCAGCUCCUUCACCAUGCAGCCGUCAGCCUCGGUUUCCUCAUCUGCAGAAUGGGCGUGCGCCACUUCCCAGAGCCGUGUGACCCCAGAGCGACGAAGACCACCUCCAGAGUGCCGGCAGCAGAGAGCCAGCCCCACCGAGCCCCACAGGUUCUGGAUCAUCCCCAGCAUCCUGGGCAGCUCCAACCUCUACUUCCUGUCCGACGACGACUGGGAGACCAUUUCCGCCUGGAUCUAUGGCCUGGGCCUCUGUGGCCUCUUUGUGGUGUCCACCGUGUUCCACACCAUCUCCUGGAAGAAGAGCCACCUCAGGAUGGUGGAGCACUGCUUGCAUAUGGUCGACCGCAUGGUCAUCUACUUCUUCAUCGCGGCCUCCUAUGCGCCCUGGCUGAACCUUCGGGAGCUCGGCCCCUGGGCCUCCCACAUGCGCUGGCUGGUUUGGAUCAUGGCCUCUGUCGGCACCGUCUAUGUCUUCUUCUUCCAUGAGCGGUCCCAGCCUCUCCCCACCCUGUGGCUGAGGUUCUCAGCCCUCAUCCCUGAAGUCCUGCUCACCAUGCUUUAUGGGACUCACUUCGUCAUGUCUCCGCCUACCAAGAGCAAGCUGAAGAGACAAGGCCAGCUGCUGUCCAACAUGCUGUCCCGGACGCUGAGCCACAAGUACCGGGACCUGGACUCUGCUCUGUGCAGCCUGGGUGCCAGAGAUGACCCUGCGGAGCUAUCCACCCAGCUUUCAGCCCCAGGGGUCCUGAAGGUGUUUGGGGACAGUGUGUGCCUGGGUACCCACUACAAGAGCGUCCUGGCCACUGGCAUGUCCAGCGCACAGGAGCUGGUGAAGGAAGCCCUAGAGCGCUACGCCCUGGACCCUGAAUGUGCCAGCCAGUAUGUGCUGUGUGAUGUGGUGGGCCAGGCUGGGGACCCUGGGAAGCAGUGGCAGGCCCAGUGCUUCCGGGUAUUCGGGGACAAUGAGAAGCCCCUCUUGAUCCAGGAGUUAUGGAAACCCCGAGAAGGUUUGUCCAGGAGGUUUGAACUGAGAAAGAGGUCAGAUGUGGAGGAGCUGGCUGCCAAAGAUGUGGAUACCCUCACGGCAGGGAUAAACGCCCAAGCCCGGAGGCUGCAGCGGAUCCGCGCCAAGGGAACUUCAGGCCUGGCCCCAGGUGCUGCCUGCAGCUCCCCUCCACCCCGACUGCGUCGCACGGUCAGCGAGACCAGCCUGAGUCCGGCCACUGCCCCGCCCGAGGCUGCCCAGGGCCCUGAAGAACCGGCCCGGGACGCCAUGCGCUGCUCCCUGUUCCAGGCCCCACACCUGCUGCUCCUGCAGGGCUACAGCCAGCAACACGACAGCCUGGUGUAUGUGCUCAACCAGGAGCGGCACACAGUGGGCCAGCGCACGCCCUCCAGCAAGCCAAGCAUCAGCCUGGUAGCCCCUGACAUCCUGCCCCUGCACUGCACCAUCCGCCGGUGCCCGGCCCCAGAUGGCAGCCCUGGCGUGGCCAGGCUGGUGCUGGAGCCCAUAGCUGGAGCGCCCAUGGCCGUCAACUUCUCUGCAGUGGGCCGGGGCCCUGUGGUGCUGCAGCACGGUGACCUGCUCUCCCUGGGCCUCUACUACCUGCUGCUCUUCAAGGACCCUGCACAGGCCCAACUGUUGCCGGCUGGGGCCCUGGCCCACCUGCGGCCACCACAGAGCUGCAGGACAUGUGGUGCUGCGCUCCGGGCCCAUGAUGGUGCCUCUUGCUCGCUGGUUGAUGUGCCUAGGCGGCGGCAGCUGCUCCUGGAGUUCGAGCCUGAUGUGGAAGACACGCUGCUGCAGAGGAUCAUGACACUGAUAGAGCCAGGGAGUGACGACUACAAGCUGACACCCGCCUUCCUCCUAUGCCUCUGCAUCCAGCACUCGGCCACACACUUUGAGCAGGGCACCUUCGGGCGGCUGCUGCUCAAGGUUGCCAGGAGGAUCCGUGACACAGUCUGGGAGAAAACCAAAGAAUUAGCAGAGAAGCAGGCGCAACUCCAGGAACCCAUCUCCUGGGCCAGCUUCACCAUGGCCGACCUAGUUCCAGACCUGCAGCACAUCCUUUUCUGGAUGUCUAACUCCAUUGAGCUCCUGUAUUUCAUCCAGCAGAAAUGCCCGCUCUACAUGCAGAGCAUGGAAGAGGAGCUGGAUGUCACAGGCUCCAAGGAGUCGGUGUUCUCUUGCACACUGACGGCCAGUGAAGAGGCCAUGGCGGUGCUGGAGGAGGUGGUGCUCUAUGCCUUCCAGCAGUGCGUGUACUACCUCUCCAAGUGCCUGUACGUCUGCCUCCCUGCCCUCCUGGAGUGCCCCCCAUUCCAGCCAGAGCACCAGGAGAGCUGGCGCGGAGGGCCCGCGCUGCCUGAGGAGCUGCACCGAGUCGUGGCUGUGUACCAGGCCGCCCUGGAUCUCCUGCGACAGCUUCAGGUGCACCCUGAGGUGGCCUCCCAAAUGCUCGCCUACCUCUUCUUUUUCUCAGGCACACUGCUGCUCAACCAGCUGCUGGACAGGGGCCCCUCCCUGAGUUGCUUCCACUGGCCCAGAGGUGUCCAGGCCUGUGCCCGCCUGCAGCAGCUCCUGGAGUGGGCGAGGAGCGCCGGCCUGGGGGUGUCCGGGGAGCACUUCUUCCGGAAGCUGUCCUGCACCCUGCACCUGCUGGCCACCCCCAGUGCCCAGCUUGUCCAGAUGAGCUGGGCCACCCUGCGGGCCACGUUCCCUGCCCUGAGCCCUGCGCAGCUGCACCGGCUGCUGACCCAGUACCAGCUGGCCUCGGCCAUGGGCCCCAUGAGCGCCUGGGAGCCUGGACCCCAGGACUGUCCCGAUGCCUUCCAGUCAGAGCAUGUCCUGGAGUCCUAUGAAAAGCCCCCGCCCAUCGUCCUGCCCAGCGAGGGCUUUCAGGUGGACCUGGAGGCCGAUUGCCCAGAUGACAGCAUCUACCAGCACCUGCUCUACAUCCGCAACUUCCUGUGGGGGCUGCGUGGCCCAGCCAGUCCUGGCCGUGGUGGGCCCAUGCAGCUGGCCAGCCUUGAGGGCCUGUAUCAUACCGUCCCUGAGGGGCACCCAGAGGGCCAGGGCUGCCCCCUGGCUGCCAGGGACCCCAGCGGAGGACCUCUCAAAGCUACUCCUGCACACUCCGUUCCUGGUGCUGGGGCUCCCAGGGCACAAGAGCCCCCAGAGGGACAGCAUCCCAACCGAGGGGGCCACAGGGGCUCCCAGGCCGGCCUCCUGCACACAGAUUCUUCCUGCCUGCUCACGCCCCCAGGCACCCCACUGGGGCUCAAGCCUGGGGGCCCCAGCUGGUCUGAGCCCAGAGGCCCCUGUGGAAAGAUACUCCCCAAAGGGCAGAGGAAUGGGCUGGACUCCCUGGGUGCAGUUCUAGAAGGAGACACAGUGGCCCCCGUGGACGAGUCCCCUCUAGACCCCUCAAGUGGCAGCUCCAGCACUGAGGACUUCUGCUACAUCUUCUCUGUGGAGCUGGAGCGAGGCCCCCUGGGGCUGGGUAUGGGCCUUAUCGACGGCAUGCACACGCCUCUGGGCUCCCCUGGGCUCUACAUCCAGACCCUGGUUCCAGGAAGCCCUGCAGCGGCCGAUGGGCGGCUAUCACUGGGAGACCGAAUCCUGGAGGUGAACAGCAUCAGCCUGAUGGGUAUCAGCUACAUGAGAGCCGUGGAUCUGAUCCGACAUGGGGGCAAGAAGAUGCGGUUUUUGGUUGCCAAGUCUGAUGUGGAAACAGCCAAGAAAAUCCGCUACCACAUGCCCCCGCCCUAGGUGGGGCUGCAGGAUGCGCCUCUACUCCAGCACCUUGGUCCGCCAGGCGCCCCAGUUCCUUCAAGCUGUCUGUCAUCCAGUGAGUUCCUGUGUGGUGGCCCCACCAGGACACACCUGUUCAUAAUGUACAUCUCAGUGUAUAUUUUAUUUAUAUGACAGAUGACACUAAGUGGUUAUGUUUCUUACAGAGUUUUUAUGUUUAAAGACUUUAACAGAGAAGUAUAGAUUCAAUAAACUAUCUUUGCUAUCCUCCUGGGGGCAGCAGUGGGCUCUGCCAUUUUUGCCUGGUGUAUCCGUGGCCCUGCGCAGCCCUCCCUCCCUGCCAGCAUGGUGGGAGCCCUGGGUGGCCCUGUCUCCUCCUUGCCCAGAGGCAGGAAGCAGACCACAGCUCCCUUUCAGCCAGCAGGGCAGGGCCACCAAGCAGGACAGCUCCCAUCUUCUCGUGGUCUUGCUCGGCAUGGCAUGUACCCAGAGCAUGGAAAGGGACUGGCUGAGCUGCAGUGUCCCAAGGGCCACAGCGUCCUGUGCCCAGCUCCCCCACCCUUCUCUCUGAUCACCAAAGCCAGUAGCUUGGCCCUAAUACCAGGCACUUAAUCUGUGGCUAUCAUCUACCUGGUCACU